AUGCUCACUGGUCGGCGCCUUUCACACCAUUAUGGAUUCUACAUAACGGUGUAUCAGGGAGGCUUCGAGAAGAGCCCCUUCUACUCGAUCUUCGACAACUACGGCGUUCCAUGCAUGUUCUCAACUCUGACUUCGAAGGAGCACUCACUCAGGAAGCGGAUGAUCACCAACAUAUAUUCCAAAUCAUACAUCCAAUCCUCUGCUUCUGCUGAAGCACAAUCCAAGGUGAUCCUCUUCGACCGAUUUCUUCCGAUCCUGUCACAAUCUACAACAGGGCCCGAAGCUUCCAGUGGCCUCGAUGUCUUCUCAUUCUAUCUAGCCUCAACCAUGGAUUUCAUCUCAGCCUACAUAUUCGGCAUCGCCAGCAGCUCCAACUUCCUACAGGACAAAGCUGUCCGCGACCACGUUCUUGCAUUAUACAGAUGUCGAGGCGAGAACACCUUCUUCCGACAGGAGCUCCCCGGACUCAAUGCCUUCUGCAAGAGGUUGGGCAUACAUCUAUGUCCCAAGCGGGCGGACCAGGCCAACAGGAAGCUAGAGGCUUGGAACAAAAGCCACUGCGACAAGGCAAUCAGGCACCUCGAGAGCACGAAGAGCGACCUGACUGGCACAGCCGACGAGCCCAUCGUGCUGAAAGCCGUGCUAGCCGGUAUAGAGAAGGAGGCGAAGAGCCACGGCAAGCAGUCGCUGCUAUACCCCACAGCGCUGCUGCACCGGGACAUCUCGGUCGCAUCCGAGGUGUUUGACCACAUCCUCGCAGGGCAGGAGACCGCCGGGCUGGCAAUGACGUAUCUCACCUGGCACAUGUCGCAGGACCAAGCUCUGCAGGGGCGCCUGCGCGAAGAGCUGCUCUCUAUCGAGCCAAACCUCAAGCUCAGCGACGAUGGUGUACAGUCGCUACCAGACCCGAAAGAGCUCGAUGCCCUGCGGCUGCUCCAUGCGAUCAUGAUGGAGACACUCCGCCUCAAUGCUCCCAUAGGCGGGCCGGAGCCGCGCCGGACACCGUACCCGCAGUGCCAGAUCGGGCCGUACACAGUUCCUGGGGGCGCCAGGAUCGCGGCGCUCGCUCAUACUCUACAUCGGGACGAAUACGUGUUUCCAGAUUCCGAGAAGUGGGACCCGAACAGAUGGCUCUCAUCAGAAGCCGACGAGGAGGAGCGGAAGCUGCGAAAUAGGCAGUUCUGGGCGUUUGGCUCGGGAGGGAGGAUGUGCAUUGGGAGCAAUUUUGCUGUGAAGGGUGAGGACGCAAUUCUUCGUCUUGUUUGA